CUUUAAUAUGUUUAUAAGGUUUGUUCCAUUUCUUAUACCAUUUAUUUUUAGUAAUUAAAUUUUUUUAAUGAUUAAAUUGGUUUGAAAAACUUCAUUUCAGUCAAUUGUCUGCUUUAAAAGGUGUUAUGGGCCCAAAAAAGAAAGCAUUGAUAUUUGGAGGAGAAAUCAACACUUUUUUAAAUGCAAAAUAUAAAUCGUUUAAUGAUACAAACAUUAAGUGUAGAAAUGGUCAUGUACUUUUUGUUUUCAUAAAAAGUGGUGAGAUAUAUAAGAAAACUGUAAAAGAAGUCAAUGAGCAUUUUAACUUCAACACUUCCACAUAUCAUGUCCAAAGUGUAGUGAAUGUAGCAAAAAAAUGGAAACAUAACUUUAAAAGGGACUGUACACAUUUUGUCAAUUUUUGCAACAAGCUGUUUACAUGAUACCCAACAAUCUCAACAAUGACACAACCAUCCCAGUCUAGUCCUAGUAAUUCCCAUUUAGUUGCCUUGUCUUAUGAACAUGACAGUCUUUCAUCUGAGACACACAAUGAGUUUUUACCUACAGCCAGUUGUAGUAAUCAUGUACAAGACAUUUUCACUUGUAGACAAGAAAUUCCACCGAGAGAAAAUCUAUUGAAGAUUCAGUUAUCUAAUUUGGCUAAUCAGUUAGCAACCUCUUCCAAGAAAUACAGAACAAAUAUAGCUAUAGUUAAGUCUAAAUUAAAUAGUAUGCCAUAUAAACUAAAACUUUUAAGACAAAGUGUUAAAAGAAAAGAAGAUAUUAUAAAGGAUUUAAGAAGGGAGUUAAGAGAAUUAAAAACUAAAAUGAAAAUUUUUUAUUAUACUCGACAAAUUCAAAAUCAUACAGCUACAAUAAAGAAAUUAAAAUAUAAUGAAAAACAAAAGUUGAAGCAAAUAAAGGUAAAGCAUAACACAGAUAAUAGGGCAAAUAAAAAAAUGAUUGCUAGUUUGGAAAACAACUUGCUUCAAAAAGAGGAGAACGCAACUACACUUUUGAACAUGAAUGAAGAAGCAAAGACAUAUUCAUUACAUAUGAGAAUGAUUAUUUAUAAUAUGUUAAUAUGUAAUGUCCCAACAGGUAACAUUCCUUUUCUGAUUCAGAAAACUGGACAAUGUAUGGGUUUUAUUUUUUCUGAUAUUCCACACCGCAAUUCUAUUGAACAAAUGGCUCGUGAACUUGGCAGUAUUUCAUUUUCACUCUUGCAGCUAUAACGAAUCUCGUAGUUCUAUUAUCAAUAAUAUUUCUAACACAAUGUCUGACCGAGUUGCUGUUAAUCAUCUAACUAUAAGCAAAGUAUGUGCAACAUGGGGUAAAAGUCUAAAUGAGUUGAACUGCCAUUUGCACCCUCUUGAUACAAUUGCCACAUCAUGCCGUUCAGCAUUGAAGUCUCUAGAAAUUGAGAAAUGCAAAUUGUUUGGAAAUGGCUGCAUGGCAACCUUGAUUAUUUUAGCUAUAAACAAAAUGAGAAAUAAAAAUGUAAAAGGCGAUCCACAACGUUUUGUAAAUUUUUUAGAUAAUAAUGGUUUACCACGAGGUAUCAUUCCUAGGUAUCGUGGAAACAGACUUCACAUUCUUUUCCAUACUUGUUUUAUUUUAAUAAAGCAUCAUAGAAAAUUUAAACAAAGUCUUACAUUUGGAACAGUAAAGUGUAAAAGUUUACAAGCAACUCUUCGAACAGUAUUUUGUAGUGCAAGCGCAAUCAAACAAAUGUGCGUGCUUGCAGUAUUUGGAAAACUUCUUACUGGGCCCUGGAUGAAAAAGUUUUAUGUUAUAUCAGAGCAAGCAACUUUUGAUCAUGUUGCUGGUAUCCAGGUUGUGAAAAAUGUUAUACAAACAGUUCAAACUUGCAAAUCCAAUCCAGCUUGUUUGUUUUGCAGAAAGACAGAUUUUUUUGACCAGCCGCUAGAGCCAAACAUUUUAGAAUCAGUAACAAGUUUAUGCUCCGUUGAUGAAGAGCUUCUUAAAAUGACUUUGGCCUGUCUUAUUGCAGCGGAAGAUGUUUUAAAUAGACAAUAUAGUAGGUAUUUUUCACUUACUGUGACACAGACAUUUAAAGAGGAAACAUCUAGUGCAAGCUUCACAAUAUAGAUAGUGAGGAAUUAAUGGGUAUGUUUAGUGAUGCAAAAGUAUGAGCUCCUAAUGCAACAAUUUGCUAUAUCUCUUGCAAACUACGAUCAAAAAAGAAUAGGACUGUUGACUAUCUAGACACUCUAGAUUUAAGUUUAAGAGAAAAGAUUGUUAAAUGGUCAAUUAAUGUAGCACGUAAAAACAGAUUUACAAAUCGACUGCAUCUGUGCAAAGUAAGAGAUGAGAUUUGCCAAAGACAAAAAAUCAAGCGCCAAAAAAUGGAUGAAAAAGAAAAAAGAAAGUUAGAGCUCGAAUUGAAUUUUGAAGAAAUUGUUAAUUCAUAUAAGCACUUGUCCAAUGAUCAACUAUUUGAUUUAGAAGAUGUCAUGUCAGAUAGAAUUGUUGGGAAGAAACUAGAACAUGAAUGGUACGAUCCAAAAACAUGCAAAAGUAUUUUAUAUAACGGCAGAGUAGAAAAAGUUAAUAAAAGAAAAAAUGACUUCAUUUACACCAUUUCUUACUGGAAAGAUGAUGAAACUGAUAUUGAAGCUGUUGA